GAAAACGAACAGACUUAUUAUUAGAACAUAAUUUCAAAGUAGCAAUAUAAUAAUGCUAACGUGACGAUAUAACAUCUAGGAAAUAUGAAAUACUUUUAGUGAAACGCAAAAAAUACAAUUGACCGAUUUUGAUAAUUGAAGCGUCUAGUGACUCCUGUUCCGGUCCCGCCAAUAUUCUUCGCGAGUUCUCAAUCUUCUUCCGUGACUCCUCUGGUUGCCUCUAAUCUUGUUCCUAACCUCAAUCGCAUUCAGAGUUAUUGGCGCGCACGUCCGUGUAAGUUUAGCGCGUGAUCCGUACGUGGCCUUGCCAGCCGAUUCAGCAUAAUAAUUUUGUAAUUUUCACUGAAACCUGCUCCGAUUUAUCGUCGAGAGGAUUUAAGUGCAUGCUGGUUCAUGUAUUAGCUAUCUGCAUUCGCUCAUUCCUUCAGUUUUAAAACAUCUGUUUUAAAAUGAAGACUAUAUCGAUGCCCAAGAAAGGGAAAAAACGACUUCUUCGAGAGAUUUCCCCUCCUUCAAAGCCAAACCAGAAGUCAAAAAACGUAGUUGAAUCCAAAAAGAAACAUAAAAAGGGUAAAAUUGAUAAUACUGUACAGAAUGGAGACCCUGUGUUACAAACUAAUGUACAAGUCUCUGAGAGGGUAAAUAAGAGAAGGCAAAGAAAGAAAUCGAAGAAAGUAAAGGGACAAAAUGAUAACAACGUUGAAAUGUUGUCGAAAGCAAAAAUAAAGGCAAAUAUAGCCGAGAAAGCUGAAUCAACGGUUGUUGAGUCCCAGAAGAAAAUUACUGAUGAAAAGAAGGAGAAGAAGUUGGAGCAUUUGAAGAAUAAGCAAUUAAUUCGUGGGAUGAACAAAACUACGAUUAAGAAAGGACGAUACAAACUAAUACCGGGUCAUAUGAAAGUUCCCCUUGAUCUAGAUAGAAUGAAAGAGACACUGGCUAAACUCAGGAGUGGGAAAGAUUUAUCAAAGACGGCGAAAAAGAGAAUAGGUGUACUACUUCGAAAGAUUGCAGUGGCGGAGGCAGAGAAUAAGUCUAAGAAAUUAAGUACCAUAGAGGAGGAUAACGACAACCAGCAUCAAGUGAAGAAGUCUUUAAAGAACAAGCAGAAAGCUAAACCCAUGGACAAGAAAAAAACAAGGAAGGGGGAACGUCGCAGAAAUAGAAAAGCUAAUAUUGAGAUAGAACAGAAUAAUCAAAAUGACAAUGAUGAGAACGACGAAGAUCAAAGCGACACAGAUGAAAACGACGAAGACAUGGAGAAGGAAGAUGAAGCUACGGACUUCGGACAAACAGAAGUCGAUGUUGAAAGUGUCGAAGAUGAUAGUGACCAAAGAGACGACGAUGAAACAGCUAUUGUAGAAGCUAAGAAGAAAAAAGAGGUAACACAUGUCGAUGAAUCCUCGGGUGCUCCGAUAAAGAAGAACAGAAAAAAGAAACGAUACGUCCUUCUUGUGGGAAACUUGCCACAUGAUAUAACGACGAACCAACUGAAGCAACACUUCCUGACUAAAGUUAGCAAAAUAACUAACAUCAAGAUUAACCAACACACAAAGGCAAAGGGCUUUGCGCGCGUGGUAGUGUCGAACAGUGCAGAUUACGAGAAAGGACUCUCGCUGAAUCAUACAUUGCUGAGGAAAAAGAGGAUAAGUGUGCAAUUUACAUCGCCAAAGAACUUGAAAAAAGUAGACAUUGUUGCUAAAAAUAAGAAGCUGGAAGCGCUUCGCAAAACUGAGAAAUUGGCCAACGUCAGAGAGAAGAAGAAAUUAUUGAAAAAGGGAAAACAAAAGUUCACGGGAUUAUAGGGUUAAUGGAGAAGCGCACUGUGUGCGAAAUUAUUUGUUUUUCAGAGAAAAAUUCUUAUUUUACUUUAAAUAUUUUUAAUAUUGUGAAUGCCAUUUACCGGGAAUUAUCGGGAAAGUGCUUUAGCAAACGCAAAGUUCUCACAUGAUGACAUAAAUAGGACUGUCUCUCAUGUGAAUAUACUUUAUCGAUUAUGACUGUUUUUUUUUGUUCUCUAGAUGUGCUCAAUGAUAAAUAUAUUGCUAUAUAUUACUAUAUUGCUACAUAUCAGUUAUAUAUUACUGAUUGAUUUCUCCCUAAUGGGGAUUCUUCUCUCAUGUAAAUAUUUUAAUUGGCCGCCGAUACGGCUCUUCAAAGUGUAUGUAUGUGUAUGUUCCACAGCAUUGUAUUCAUAAAACAAACGAACGCGACGCAUUUGCACUCUCAUUCAGCGCGGACUCGUGACAUUUAUCGUAUUGCGAGAAAAUACGCUCCUACGCUACGAACGAGUCGUCAUUUUUAGCUUCGUACUAUUCUCUCUUCGCGACAUCAGUAAUGCAUAAUUCCGUAUAAAGAGAGAACUCUCAGCUCUACACAGUAUGUGUAUAUGUAUGUGUGUGUAUGUGGUAGACAGAACUUUAUGCAAAAUAAUCUGUGGUUUAUAUAUAUACAAACGAGAACGCGAUGCGUGCGAUAAUAUGUUCGAGAUUGCUGUCACUUCGCGAGAUUAAAUCGAAAUCUGCUUGUUAAAUACUUAAGACGAGCAUGGGAGACGAUACGUGCGAACUAGGGACGAACGAUGCUUCUAACGAGGAUUCACGAUCGACUAAAUCUAUAAAGGUACAUACUUUUAUAUGCCUUUGUGUACGUUAUUCUUAGUAUACUAUAUUAAGGAUUAAUAUCGACCCCCGAAACAUGUAUUAGCCUUUGGAAUGUACGUGUACACGCGUCAUAAAUAUCUCAUCACACUUGCCGAUCACAAUCUUCAACCAUUGUUUGCAUCGUAAAUGAUCCAAUUGCUCGUAAUCUCUUAUAUGUGCGACUUUUGCACAGGAACUGUUCUCCGAACGUAUCAUAUGCCCGGAAGAACUAAACGAAUUCUUACAAGGUCGUAUUCAUGUAAGUACAAUUUUAAUAUAGACAGUACGUGUAUAAAACGAGAAAUAAAAAUAUUCUUUAAAGUAAAAAUAUCCCCUUGA